UCCGCUGUGCUCCCGCUUUCCCGCGACCCCUGAGCUCCUGCAGCUCGCUUGCCUGUCCCUUGCCGGUGUCGCCGCCAUGGCGACCUGCUUUCUGCGGCGGAGCUUCUGGGCCGCGCGUCCGGCGCUGCCGCCUCCGGGCCGACUCGGUGCGGAGCUCGCGGGAGCCCAACGGCGGAGCUACGCCAGCGGCCUUGCUGGCCUCCACGGCGACCUAUUCCGCGGGGACAGCUUCGUGGGCGGCCGCUGGCUCCCAGCCCCCGCCACCUUCCCGGUGUACGACCCGGCCAGCGGCGCCAAGCUGGGCACCGUGGCCGACUGCGGGGUACCCGAGACCCGCGCUGCUGUGCGCGCCGCCUACGAUGCCUUCCGCAGCUGGAAAGGGGUCUCGGUCAAGGAGAGGAGCUCAUUACUCCGGAGAUGGUACGACUUAAUGAUGCAAAAUAAGGACGACCUUGCCGAGAUCAUAACCGCCGAGAGUGGAAAGCCUCUGAAAGAGGCCCAGGGAGAAGUUCUGUAUUCAGCCCUUUUCCUGGAGUGGUUCUCAGAGGAAGCUCGCCGCAUUUAUGGAGACAUCAUCCAUACCUCUGCCAAAGACAAGCGAGGGCUAGUCCUCAAGCAGCCUGUUGGUGUGGCGGCCAUCAUCACACCGUGGAAUUUUCCCAGUGCCAUGAUCACCCGGAAAGUGGGGGCCGCCCUGGCAGCUGGCUGCACUGUGGUGGUGAAACCCGCUGAAGACACACCCUAUUCUGCCCUGGCCCUGGCUCAGCUUGCAAGCCAGGCGGGGAUCCCUCCAGGUGUCUAUAAUGUCAUUCCCUGCUCUAGAACCAAGGCCAAGGAAGUGGGAGAGGUGCUAUGUACCGAUCCAUUGGUGUCCAAAAUUUCCUUUACUGGCUCAACAGCAACGGGAAAGAUCCUGCUACAUCAUGCAGCAAAUUCUGUGAAGCGUGUCUCCAUGGAGCUGGGUGGCCUCGCCCCGUUCAUCGUCUUUGACAGUGCCAACGUGGACCAGGCUGUCGCAGGGGCAAUGGCAUCUAAGUUUAGGAAUGCUGGGCAGACUUGCGUUUGCUCAAACAGAUUCUUGGUACAACGGGGUAUCCACGAUUCCUUUGUAACGAAGUUUGCAGAAGCAAUGAAGAAAAGCCUGCGUGUAGGUAAUGGAUUUGAGGAAGGAACAACUCAAGGGCCGUUAAUUAAUGAGAAAGCUGUAGAAAAGGUAGAGAAGCAUGUGAACGAUGCAGUUGCCAAAGGAGCCACGGUCGUGACGGGCGGGAAGCGACACCAAAGUGGAGGAAAUUUCUUUGAGCCCACCCUGCUCAGCAAUGUCACCAGGGACAUGCUCUGCAUCACUGAGGAGACCUUUGGGCCCCUGGCACCAGUCAUCAAGUUUGAUAAAGAGGAAGAGGCCGUUGCCAUCGCAAAUGCAGCUGAGGUUGGAUUAGCAGGCUACUUUUACUCUCAAGACCCAGCCCAGAUCUGGAGAGUGGCGGAGCAGCUGGAAGUGGGCAUGGUUGGCGUGAAUGAAGGACUGAUUUCGUCAGUGGAGUGUCCUUUCGGUGGGGUGAAACAGUCUGGCCUUGGGAGAGAAGGGUCCAAGUAUGGCAUUGACGAGUAUCUAGAGGUCAAGUAUGUGUGUUACGGAGGCUUGUAGGGCUCUUCACUUCUUUAAUAAAACUACCUAGAUCUGUAGGGACAUUCCAUCCAUUUUUAUAGCUAACAAGUAGGUUAUCAGAGUUAUGAAUUUUUAAAAAUUCAGCCAGUCCUCAUAUCUUAGAUGUACAUCUUAACCCUUCCCUUAUCUAACUAGGGACCAACGGAUGCCAUAUACCUGUGGCGUGGGUCCCAGCCAGUACUGAGACCCCAGCACAACCCCACUGCCUCAGGACAAGGUACAGUGUGAGUAUUCACAUGCCCUCUGGCACCUCACAAAGUGUAGUCAUUGUAUGAGCAGUGGGUUCCAGGUCCUUAUGGGACUGCCCAACUUCAGUUCAGAAUGCAGAAAAGGAGACGAGGUACUAGGACAGCUAGAUUAGGAGGAGGUGCAUAUCCCUGCAUAGGCAUCUGUCAGCCUUAAUGAACAGCUGGCUGGCUGUUCCAGGGGGUUAUGGCAAAGGCUUUGGUUUCUUAAGACUUCUAAACCGAAUAGAUUGUCUGUGCUAUAUAGAAUGAGGGGGUGUUCCUCCUUAUUUCUGGGCUGCUGUUUAAAUUACUGGCAGCAGGGUUGCUUUUUUUUUUUCCCCCUCUCUUCAGUUCAUCCUGGUUUGGUUUGGCUUUAUGUGACAAGGUCUUGCUAAGUAGCCUAGCUGGCUUCAAACUCCUGUUUCAGCCUCCGAAUGGCUAGGGUCACAGGCAUGCUCUACCACAGCUGGGUAGACGGAAGUCUCCAUUGCCCUAAACUUACAGCUUAUGGUUCAUUUUGUUCCUCUUAGAAAAUCAACCCAAACUGGUGGCAAACAAUCAGCAGAGUCGGAAACCAUGGCUUUGUUUCUUUUCCAGUGCUGGGUGUUGAACCCAUGGCCUUGUGCAUAGUAGCGUGUGUUCUACCACCCAACUAUCCCCAACUUUUUUUUCUUUCUUUUUCUUUAAUUUUUGAGACAGAGUCUUGAUAAGUCACAUUGGCUGGCUGUGAGGUCCUUAUUGUCCUGCCUCGGCAUCCUAUGUAGCUGGGGUGACAGGCCUGCACUACCAGGUCAGGCCAGUCAAUUGAUGGCAUAGACUCUCAGCCACCUCCUGUGCUGAGCAGCUCUGCUACCUUGGGUAUGCUAUUUAGGGCUCCAUGCCCCGCUUAUAGAGACUCAUGCUUGGCUUUAAGGACACUGUGUGCCUGGAAGAAAAAAAAAAUGCUUCACAAAAUGGUAGAAAUGCAGCUCAAGUACGGGAACCAUUUUGAUUAUGAGCAGUACCACCCUGCCCCUCCUUGAGCUCAGGGGUAACUUUGUAGAGGAAAGAAAACCAGGUGCCUCCUUGUUCACCUGCCUAAGGCUGACCCAGGAUUUCUGUCCCUUGGUGUGGCUGCUGCUAAACUUGCAGAGGAGCAAAAUACACUUUCACCUCUGUGAAAAAUUAUUUCCACAAUUGCCAGUCACUGUGAAAGAGAGCUGAAGCCAUGAAUCUCAGGCACCUUUGCCCUAGGAAAAGCAUUUCUGGUUUAUGAUUCAAAAACAAAACACCAUACAGGGACCUGCAAGAUAGCUUGGUGGGUAAAGGCUUUGCUGGACAACCUGGUGACCUGAGACCUGAGUUCCAUCUCUAGAACCUACAGAAAGACAAAGAGAACCAACAUGAUAGUGUUGACCUCUGAUCUCCACAAAUGCAUCAGAGGCAUGCACUCCCAUAAAUUCAACACACACACACACACGCACACACACACACACACACACACCAAACACCAGAACUCCUUGCAACUGGUGUUGGUCUCACUUUGAAACAAUUUAAGUGAGGAAAAUUCUAGGUUCUUGUAGACAUGCCUCCUGUCUACCUAGAAGCUGUUUAUUCCCGAUAGGCAACAAUGGAGCUCCCCGCUCCAUCCCCGCCUCUGUGCAGAGAGCCCACGGGCAUACUCUGUGGAUGCUCUGUGAGACAUCAAUGGGAAUGACAGUAGAGCUGGCUGCAGUGGUUCCUAAGCACUAAGUCCCAAGCCACUGGAACUUCGAAUAAGGAAGCCAUGGUUCUUAAAGUCCCUGCACACAGAAGAAAGUAGAAAUCUGCGUCCUAGGGACCCUGCCCAAGUGGCAAGAGUCACAACUAAGGAUGUUCAUAGUCCAUUUAUGCUAUUCUUUUGUAUAGUGUGUAUAGUUGGUUUCUAUCGCAUUUUCUAAUUAAAAUUUUAAUUUUUUUUAUUGAUGUGGGUGUUUUGCCUACAUGUGUAUCUGUGCACCACAUGCAUGCUGGUACCCUCAAGAGGCCAGAAAGGGACAUCAGAUCACUUAGAUAUGGAGUUAUAUAGAUGGUUGUAAUCUGCCUUGUGGGUUCGAGGAAGCGAACCCUGAUUCUCUGAAGAUAGGUAGCCAGUGCUCUUAACUUCUGAGCCAUCUUGCCAGACUCGACAUUUCUAAUUUCUUAAGAUUUGUACCCAUCUUUUUUUUUUCAAUUAAUACAAGAUGCUCUGCUGGUAUUUUGUAGAAAAUGAAUAAACCCACUGAGAUGUGAACUCAUUUCAAAUGCACUUUAAACAGUGUCAACCAAUGGGUUCCUGGACUGUGUGGCAAGUUUGUACUUUUUGUGCGUGCCUGUUUGAUUCAGUGGGUAGAUCACUGGCCUGCACAUUUGUUACAAUAAGUGUAAUCAACUUUUGUAAUUAAAAUAAUGAGGGUGGGUAUCACUGGUAAAGUAUAUACUUAGCAUACUGGAGACCAUGGGAUUAAUCAUCACCAAAAAGUUAACAUGAAAGAACAUCUUACUUUAAAAAAAAAAAUGCUUUUGGGUUAUGGGAAGAUGAGUUUCGAUUUUGAUACUGUUUUUAAACAGGAUCUCCGGUUGGCCUUAAACUCCUGGGCUCAAAUGAUCCUUAGUUUCCCAAGUAUCUAUAACUGUAGGCCUGUUGUCACCAAAUCAGCUAAGAGUAGAUUUUUUAAAAUUAUUUUUAGGGGUUUGGGUCUCAUGUAUUUCAGGCUCACCUGGGAUCUCUCCUUUCCCUACUUCCUGUGCUGGAAUUAUACGUGUUACCAUGCCCAACUAAGGAGUGUAUAUUGGUGAACUUUUGUUCACCGUAAGAUAUGUGACAGAUGGAAUUUUUGAAAUAUCUAUACAGACAUGUAAUAUAAGGGUCAAUGUACCACAGCCUGUGAGCCAAAUCAGACCUGCCAUCUGAUUUUGUAUAACUCGUGAGUUUAAGUGUUUUAUAUAUUCAGGUGGAUUGGGGUGGGUUAGAACCAUUAUUUCAUGAAAUCAAUGAGUGAACACAUCCACAGUGCCCCCAGGCCUGAGUAGCUGUGCUGUGACCGCAGGGCUGCAGAACCUAAGGGAUUUACUGCAAAGCUGCUGACAAAGGUUUACGGCCCUCCUCUCAGCCAAGCAGGAGACACUGGCCUCCCCUGUUUAUGAGGCAUUAUUUUAUUCUAUUAAACACCUUCCGUGAAAAGGACUCAGUUUCUGGGCAUUUGUUACCAGGACUUCUUGGCAGGUAUCAACUCAAAUGACAUUAGCCUGAUAGUAAUCCUGUCUCCCAGGUAGUGGGACUCAUUUGAAAGUGCCACAGUUCAUCUGUGUCUUUUUCCAUCUAAGGGGCCUUUAAGCAGGGCUCCAAAGCAAGUGCUUGAUUCUUUCAGUAUCUGUGUUCUUGGGGAGCCAGGGGUAGGGGAUAAAGAUCAGACGCACAAUAUAAACAAGCCUAUUUUGUAAUGUGAUGACCUUCAAAUUGGGUCCCAUGGGUUGUCCUCUCUGAAGGCUGGAUCCCAGUAUUUCAGUUACCCCUGUGCAGCUAUUUUAAAACGGAAUUUUACUUGAAUACUUAAUACUGUGAUUGUUUCAUGCCAUACUUUGUGAGAGAAAUCUCAUUAAGUUGAGAAAUAUAUAUAUAUUUUGCUCUAUAAACAUGUAUACAUUGCUUCAUUUUUCUAGUGUUUGACGUGGUAUGAUCAACAGAUUUGAAUCUCAUUAAUAAAUGUUUAACAGGAUUGGAUUUCUUAUUUCUGGA